GGUGGUCUGACCAUAUAAACAACUCCCAGUAGAUAUAUAUCGUUUGCACCCUGUGUUUGUCAGUUUCUCCUCUCUCUCUCUCUCUCUCUCUCUCUCUCUCUCUCUCUCUCUCUCUCUCUCUCUCUCUCUCUCUCUCUCUCUCUCUCUCUCUCUCUCACCUAAACGUUCAGAACAAUUUUUACAUUACAACACACACACACACACACACACACACACACACACACACACAUCACGCGUAGCGCAGGUGGAGGGUGGUGAGAUGUCAUCAUUCCCUUGGAUCUAUAGAUUAACUUCUGGAGAGAAAGAUUAGGGGUGGGGUAUGGGGGGAAAGCAGGAUUGAAAAAAAAAUAAAUAAAUAAAACAGGUUAAAAAAAGGGUUUUUUGGGUUUUGUUUUUUAUCUUGUUUUUUUGUUUGGGAGUUUAUUGUUUUGGGGGGUUUUAUUUAUUUUUUGUAAUGUACAGAGACAUAACGCAAUGAAGAGAGUGAGAGUGAUGAGAGAGGAAAGAUAAUAAACGAGAGAGAGAGAGAGAGAGAGAUGGGUCCAGACGCCAGCUGUACAAUACGGAGUGACCGCUCACUGCCAUUAAUUUACCAUAAGAAUUUCCGCGCACGCACACUCCUUCCCCGAUUGAUUUACCUUAUUUCCCUCUGUUCAGUUAUUUUGAGUCUCACAUAGCUCACAGCAGAAGAGUUGCCCUUGACCAUGAAAUAGUCAGGCUUCAUCUGGCCCCCUUUGUUUGCUCAGAAGAAUUUUCAAAAUUAAAGUGUUUUAUUCAAGUAGAGAUAGCGCGAGGAUCGGGUGUGGGCGCGUGUGUGUUAUACCGCCCCCUCCACCUUUCCCCCUUUAGCAGGGGCGCGGGAAGGCGGUUAGAGCACCUUCUCGCGCACACAUGUUACCCUCUUGUUGAAAGAAGCAGACGUACUGAAACGUGCUCUAGUAUUUACCGGAGAACAAGGCGGGAUACUAAGUAGCCAUGUCAGUUGCCUUAAGUGGAAUAAGUGUGGCUUCGAUUCUGGCGGUGACGGCAGGGAGUCUGGUGCCUCUGAUGUUUCUGAAGGAGGUGAUGAAGAGGUAUGAUUCUUCCAAGGGGCUGCGGUGUGCCUUAAUCAACGUCUUUAGCGCCACGUCAGAAUGGAGCCCCAAGGACCCUGCCCUGCGACAGGAGUACCGCAACCAGCAGGUGACAGAAAACAAGGCGAUGGCGUGGCAGCUCUGUAACUGUUGUCCUUGGGCAAUGUGAUAUACGCAUCAAUCUCUCUCUCUCUCUCUCUCUCUCUCUCUCUCUCUCUCUCUCUUUCGGAUGUGUAAGUUAUUCGUCAGAUCGACCAUAGCACUAGCGUUGUAAGAAGAACGAUAAUGAUAAUGACCAUGAUGAUAAUAAUAGUAAUAAUAAUAAUAAUAAUAAUAAUAAUAAUAAUAAUAAUAAUAUUAAUAAUAUUAAUAAUAAUAAUAAUAAUAAUAAUAACAAUAAUAAUAAUAAUAGAAAUAAUAAUAAUAAUAAUAAUAAUAAUAAUAAUAAUGUUACGGCCCUCGUACCCAUCUCGCCAACCACUAACCUCUUCAACUAACCAUCGGCUUCGAAUACCGUCCUGACCACACCGUGGCGGUAUCAGUAAAGACAAAGCUUUGGAAACACGUCCCGACUCGUGUCUUGAUCGAGCUAACCGAGAUGAAGACUGACGUCUACCUCCACACUUCGUCAGUCUCACUCGCUUCUCGCAGUUGGAACCAUCCUCCCUCAUGCAGCCUGGAUUCGGUUACAUCGACAUGAGUUUGAAGACGUGACGAACACAAACACGAACACGUGUGCACUCACACUCUUCAUUACGUACACACCAGAGCGACUUAUAUUUGUAUUGUAUUUUGGGUAUAUAUUUGUUUUCCUUUAUUGCUUAUUAUUUGAUACAUGUUACAUUCACUUUGUUUAUUAACUUGUAUAUGUUUCGUCACCUUUGGUUUCCUUUAUCACUCAUAAGCUUGUAUAUGUUACGUUAACUGCAGGCGCUAUGCCCGCUUCAGGUAGUGGAUAUUUAGUUUAAUAAUGAUUGUAAGUUUUAUUU